AUGGCGACAACUCCUCUUCGACAACUCCCUCCGAAAGUACGACACUCUUGCGAGGUCGCCAAACAUCACGGCAUCUCCUUCAUCUGGAUCGACACCUGCUGCAUCAACAAGUCGAACAGCUCCGAGCUUUCGGAGGAGAUCAACUCCAUGUAUCGAUGGUACAGCCUCGCGCAAGUCUGCUACGCCUACCUCUACGACGUCGACCACGCCAAGACCAAGUUCCACGACAGUGAAUGGUUCAAACGCGGGUGGACACUACAAGAGCUCAUUGCGCCCCCCGAAGUCCUCUUCUUUGACACCGACUGGAAGAUGAUCGGCUCGCGCUACGACCUCUCGGACGAAAUCCGGUCUAUCACCAACAUAGACCGCGCCGUCCUCCGGCAGGAGCGUCAGAUCUCCGACGUCUGCGUCGCUCAGCGCAUGUCGUGGGCGGCAUCCCGGAAGACGACACGCGAGGAGGACAUGGCCUACUGCUUGAUUGGAAUCUUCGGCGUCCAUCUCUCCCCCCUCUACGGCGAGCGCGACCACGCCUUCAUCCGGCUCCAAGAGGCCAUCCUUGCGAAGAUACCCGAUCAGAGCAUCCUGGCUUGGGGCCCGAACCAAUACGACAAGCAGCUCACGCUCGGCAGGCCCUCUUUACGCUCCCCCUCGCCGAACGUAUCCGUCAAACAUAGCCCUCAGUCCUUCCUUCUAGCUCGGUCUCCCAAGGACUUCGCGAACUGCCACGAAACCGUCAACAUCACCUCCGACAUGCUCGCCCGCGCUCUCGACUGGCCCAACAUCCCGUACGCUCGCUUCACGGUGACUGCGAACGGCAUCUACGUCAAACUCCCUCUCAUACCCUGCUACGAUCCCUCGGGGGCUCAGCAUCGUCUCGCCAUCCUCACCUGCCAGGUGCCUUUACCGCGCGAGGACGACGGUCAGCAUCGCCCGCAGCAAGUCGUAUGCUUGGUUCUCCGUUCGCAUGGCGAAGCGCGAUCAAGCAAGAGCACGGAGAUGUUCGUAGGGCUCGCGUCCAUGGCUGACAGGCUGCAGAUCGACGCCCGGAUUCCCAUCAGAGCCGCGCUCGACAACAUGGCGAGCUACUUCCGCCUGGCGACGCUUCCUCUCGAAAGCCUCAAAGACUGCAAGGAUAAUGCUAAGGUCGAGCCCAUCUACAUCCACCAUCUCCUUUCGGCCGGCCACCAGAACCAGGACGGCCCCGAGUCCGCCUUCCUACUCCAGGCGCUUGCACGAGAUGGCUCGGACGAUCCCAACUUUGAGCUGACGAAAUGGUGCUCGGACGUUCUCAAGAAGCAGGACUUCACCGUCAGCCGAAGCGCUCAGACGAUCACGAUUACCGACACCGCUUCGGGGGUGGUCCAGCUCACGAUCGUGGUCACCCGCUGCGACUGC